AUGGAUGUGAUCGAGAUGCAGAGGUGGGCCUAUGUCCAAGAUCUACCCAGCGAUAUAGACCCAGUCCGGCAGCUGCUUCGCACAUACAGCAGAAUUCCCGAAGAGCAUGUCGACAGCCAUCUCCGGCGUGUGCGGGAAGACGCCUGGAAUGUGGCCCACUGCCCCUUUGUGGGCCGAUGGAAGUUCCUCCGCCUGUACGACAGCCGAGACCCCUGCUAUCAGCAAGUCGUCUUCAGGCUAAGCGUCUCCGGGUCCAGAGACGUCUUUCUGGACCUGGGUUGCUGUGUCGGACAGGUCCUCCGCCAGCUCCGCGCCGCCGGGGUCCAGGGCCCUCGGCUCUUCGGGACCGAUGUCCAGCCGCGGUUCGUCGACAUCGGCUACGACCUGUUUCGGGACAGGGACCGCCUGGGGGCCUCGUUUGUCAUCGGCGACAUGGUCGAUCCCGACGAUAAUCGCCUCGACCAGCUGCGCGGCAAAGUCACCAUCAUCUACGCCGGCAGCUUCUUCCACCUCUUCAACUGGACGCAGCAACUCUUCAUCGGCAAGCGUCUGGUGAGCUUUCUCAAGCCAAGAACCAGAAAUGCUCUCAUCUAUGGCAGGCAUGUCGGCACUACCAAGCCGGGGGAGUGGACGGCAAGCAUGGCAUCUGCGUACCUGCACGACGCGGGUAGCUUUCAACGCCUGUGGGACGAGAUUGGGGAUUUGACAAAGACCAAGUGGAAGGUGGAGAUGGAGGCUAUGGGAGAACUCGCCUGCCCCUCACACCGGGUCGAAAAGGGUUCACAACCGAUGAGCUUUACCGUGUACCAAAUUUCCUGA